AUGGCGAAGUCAUCAGCAGGAAACAGCGAAGUCCUGCUGGGCCACCAUCGCCACCGAAAAACGAAUAAGUUUCUUGUGGAGCCCAAGAUGGCAUCUGUGCCCAAAUCGUGCUCAUCAACAAAACCGAAACGCCAAGGCGUUAGAAAAGCGCCUCCCCGCACGCCCCCGCGCCUGUCCCCGGCCACAGCCCUCACCCCACGCCGCGAGACCCACCUAGCUCUUCACAACUUCACAGCUCCGCUCUCCACCGCUCCGGCCUCCAAGACCUUCUACUUCCUCUCCGUCAGGUGCACUUCCGGCCGCGCCGACCAAUGGCAUCGUUGUUGGCAAAGCAUUCUGGGAAAUGUAGUGGCCAACUCGAAGAGGCGGAACGGAAGUAGCUGUGUGACGUCACUCCUGCAAUUCCAGCACUUGGGAGGUGGAGACAAGAGGAUCAGCUGUCGAGAAUGGAGCCACGAGGAGAGACCGGGAAACCUCAAGAGAAAUGAACUGAGCCUAGGAGAUGAUUUAAAAGUGCUGGGUUUGUGGAAUGAUACUGUUUCGAAGCAAGCUUUUUCCCUACCAAGAUGCAGAAUUUUGGGAGAGAAUCCCAUUUGUUCUGCAGGUGGUACUCUGAGAACCAGUCAACACUACAAGACAAAGCCCACUCAUGGCAUUGGGCGAUACAGACACCUGGUGAGAGUGCUGGAGCCUAAAAAGAAGAAAGCAAAGGUGGAAGUGAGAGCCAUUAAUCUGGAGACAGAUUAUGACUAUGGGAUUUUAAAUAUCCACCUGACUGCUUAUGACUUGACUCUGGCAGAAAGUUAUGGCCAGUAUGUACAUCGCCUCUGCAACCGCCUCUCCAUCAAAGUGGAAAAAAGUUAUACGAUGCUUAACAAAACCACGGAAGUGAUGAGGCUACUGGACCAAGGCAACAAAAAGGUCCUAGACUCAGUCCUUAGCAUCCGUGAGCGAGUGGUUCAGGUCAACGGUCUGAGUACUACGUUUGCAGAGAUUUUCUUGGAAAUACUCCAAAGCAACCUUCCAGAAGGAGUGAGGUUGUCAGUGAGGGAGCACACUGAAGAAGGCUUCAAGGGAAGGUGCAAAGCUCGGCCAGAAUUGGAAGAACGGUUGGCCAAGUUGAACUAA